GGAAAGCAGGCGUUCUUGCAGUGACUUAAAGGGCUGCGCUCCCAUUUUGGGCUAUAAAUGCAGCACGAAUGCCUUCGCGGAUCCCUUUCCCAGACUCGGAGGAGUGGUGUAGCUGAAAAGAGACGUCCGCAGAGACCAUGGCACCAGCUGGAGCAAAGAAAAGCAUUUUGGAGCGCCUGGAUGCAGGAGAGUUGGUUAUCGGAGACGGUGGGUUUGUCUUUGCCCUGGAGAAGAGAGGUUAUGUGAAAGCGGGACCGUGGACUCCUGAGGCUGCAGCCGAAUACCCUGAAGCAGUGCGGCAGCUGCACAGAGAGUUCCUAAGGGCUGGCUCUAAUGUCAUGCAGACCUUCACCUUCUAUGCGAGCGACGAUAAACUGGAGAACAGGGGGAACACGCAGCGCUUCACUGGGCAACAAAUAAACGAGGCAGCUUGUGAUCUGGCCAGGGAGGUGGCCAACGAGGGGGAUGCUCUGGUGGCAGGAGGAGUCUCCCAGACGCCUUCAUACCUAAGCUGUAAGAGUGAGGAGGAUGUCAAGGCCAUCUUCAAGAAGCAGAUCGAUGUCUUUGUCAAGAAAAACGUGGACUUCUUGAUUGCAGAGUACUUCGAGCAUGUGGAGGAGGCCAAGUGGGCGGUCCAGGUUCUGAAGACCACUGGAAAGCCCGUGGCUGCAACUCUGUGCAUUGGACCUGAGGGAGACCUGAAUGGAGUCAGUCCUGGGGAAUGUGCCGUCAGGCUCGUUAAAGCAGGGGCACAGAUUGUUGGCAUUAACUGCCACUUUGACCCAGAGACCUGUGUGAAGACUGUGAAGCUGAUGAAGGAGGGAGUGGAGAAGGCUGGUCUGAAGGCCCACUAUAUGUCCCAGCCGCUGGGCUUCCACACCCCCGACUGCAACCAACAGGGAUUCAUCGAUCUUCCUGAGUUCCCAUUCGCUCUGGAGCCCAGGAUCCUGACCAGAUGGGACAUGCAGAAAUAUGCCCGGGAAGCAUACAACGCCGGCAUCCGUUUUAUCGGCGGCUGCUGUGGAUUCGAGCCUUAUCACAUCCGUGCUCUGGCUGAGGAGCUGUCACCUGAGCGGGGUUUCCUGCCUGCUGGCUCCGAGAAGCACGGCAACUGGGGUGAUGGCUUGGCAUUGCAUACGAAGCCCUGGGUCAGAGCAAGGGCCCGUCGCGAUUACUGGGAGACACUAAAGCCUGCCUCCGGGCGUCCAUUCUGUCCAUCCAUGUCCAAACCUGAUGGAUGGGGUGUCACCAAAGGACACGCCGACCUGAUGCAACAAAGAGAAGCCACCUCCGAGGAGCAGCUGAAGAUUCUCUUUGACAAGGCCAACCAAAAUGCCUGAGCCCCACCAACGUCCUGAUACCCUGAAAUAAAGCCUCUGCUUAAAAGAUGAAAAAAUGAGUGACAUUCCCUCAGGUUUACAAACCAUAAAAGAUUAGACCGUCUGUUGCCUUUUCAGGACUAUUUUUACUUUGUGUGAAAAAAAAAAAAAAGUCUUACAAUAUCUUUUAAGACUCAACCAGCAGUAGAUGUUCAUGAGUCAGUUCAUAAACCAUGUCAAAUUACUGUACUACAAGCUUCAAACUCAUGUUAUAACACUUGAACAGUACCUGAUGUUGUGUGAAACUAUAAAUGAACAAAUAAAAGCUACCAAUAAACCAGA